AUGGCUAGUCAAGCAAAUAGAAUGGAAAGUAAAUUAUAUACAAGUCAUUUAAUGAAUUCAUCAACAACACCAUUGUUCAAUUCAACUCAUCCUAGAAUUGUAUCAUCAAAAGAUAUUGGAAAUAAUGAUAUAAAUGAUAAUACUAUUGAAACAUAUACUAAACGUACUAUUCAUAGUAAUGAAUUAGAAUCUAGAUUAUCACCAAUAAUAACAAAUAGACAAUCAAAUGAAUUCAUGAUGAAAUCUACAGAACCAUCAUCACCAAUUGUGGAUUAUUUAUUAUAUGAUGCACCAGCAUGGAUGAGACAAUCUAAAAUAAAAAAUCAUAAAGUAAUUAAUAGUAGUAUGAAUAGUAGUUCGACAAUAUCUUCUAAUAUUAUAACAACAACAACAGUGACAGGGACAGCAGCAGGAGCAGCUGCAGCCACAGCGAGAACAUCAAUAGUGACAACAAUAUCACCAUCAUCUAAUGUAACUCAUAUUGUAAAUGAUACAAAACCUAAUACAGAUAAUGUUACAAUUAUGCAUAAGGAGAAUGUAAAAAAUAUGAAUUCUGGUAGUCGAAUAACAAUACAAUCCGAUUUAAGUAAUAAUAAUAAUAAUAAUAAUAAUAAUAAUGAUCAUUUUAUACGAUCAACAAGUCCUCGAUCGAAUGGAUCAUUUCGAUUUGUAAAAUCUGGAUCACGUAAAUUUUCAGAAAUGAAUCCAAAACUUAAUCCUCCUUCAUACAUGCAGAAACUGGAUGAUGUUCUUGUUGAAAAUGAAAUGAACACUGAAUCAUUUAAAACAAUAAAAAAAUCUAAUAAAUUUAAUCUAAACAAAAAUCCUGAUCAUGAUGAAGAUUGGACAAUUCAUGAUGGAUCUCGUAGAUUUACACCAAUUUUAUCAUCACCUAUAUCAAUGAAAACACCACCAUCACCACCACCACCACCACCAUCCCAAUUCCAAUCUCAAUCCCAACUUCGACCUUUAUCACCACCACUACCACCAAUACCCCCAACAACAACAACAACAACAACUAUACCAUUAAUUGAAAAGAUUAAUCAAUUAACUACUAUUAAUAAAUUCAAUGAAAUUAUUCAACCAAACUAUAAAGAAAAUCUAUUUACUGAACAAAAAUCAAUAUGGAAUAAAACGAAUAAAACGGUAACACAAUUUAAUGAACCUAAUUAUUCAAAUAAAUUCAAUCCUCAACGUAUUAUACAUAGUACACCAUGUAGUCCUACUAUAGAAAGAAAUAUUCUUAUUAAAUCGAUUCAUGAUCAUCAUGAUCGUCAUGAUAAUGAUGAAGUUAUAUUAAGAAAUCAUAAAAAAUCAUCAAUUGGUUUACCACCACGUCCAUUAAGAUCACCAAUUAUACGUUCAUAUGGUCAAUCUAUAUCACCAAUACAACAUCAUCGUAUAUCACCAUUAUCAUCUUGUACAAAUAAUGAAAUAACUAAAACUAAACAAAUUGAUCCAAUUACUGGUGAAAUUCAAUAUAUCACAUCUAGAACAAGAUCAUAUACUGAUUUAAAUACUAAUCAAUUAAUUACAGAAAUAGAAGAAAAUAUACAAGGUGAAGGAGAUACAGAAGUAAGAGUAGUACGAAGGAAAACACGUAAAAUAAAACCGAAUACUUUUAGAGAAUCACGAAGUGUGGAUAGUUCAGGAUUUCAACGUGAUUCAAGAACUCAUCAACGUACAGAAGAAACAAAAACUGAAAAACAUAUUGAAGAAGAGUUAAAUUAUCAAUGUUCUUCAACGAAAGUUCAACCUCAAAGAACAUCAAGUCAGAUGAAUAUUAGUGGACCUAGUACAAUGACUAAAACUGCAUGGUUGUCAGAAACCAAUUUAAGGAAUAGUUCAACAUGCAAACAACCACCAAUGUAUUCAACUUAUUCAGCUCAUAAAGAAAAUAUGAGACGAAUGCAAGAACAAAGAAGAACAACAGAAGAUUGGCAAGCUUCAAAUAGACAAUUACAUGAUUCCAGAUCAGUGGGUAGUCGAGCUGUUUUAGAAGAAAUGGAAACGAUUACAUUACAACCAAUUGGUCGUGGUGUACACGACUUGGAACCACCAACUGGUUCUAUAGCUAGAUCAGUUCGUGCUACAACACCAAGUGGUUUAUCAACAUUUCCAACAUUCUCUAAUCGACCUCAUUCAUCCGCUGGAAGAAUAGAUCUAUCAAUAUCAGGAAUAAAACGAUCUAUUAGUAAAGAUUAUUAUAGUCCAAUAAGAAUGCAACGUAGUACUAUUGAUAUACCAUAUAGUCAAACUACACAAGCAUUAUUAAGUCCAUCUAUCAAUCGACGUUUAGUUGGUUUUACUAAUACUGGUCAUUCAUCAAGAAUUUCAAGUAUCAAUAAAACUGUACUACCUAUCAUCCAUCAUCAUGAUCAUUAUCCUCAUCAUAAUCAUCUAGUGUAUAAUAGUAGUCAUGGUAAUAAUAAUAAUAAUAAUAAAUGGAAUUCUAUGAAUCAUCAAUCAUUGGAAUUAUUAAAUCAAACCUCUAUGAAUAGAAAUUCAUAUGCCAGGCAAACUCUUACACAAAAUAUUCAAGAAAUGACACAGAAACAACGAUUAUUAUUAUCAUCAUCUAAUCAACAAUAUUAUCCAAUAUCUAGUCAUAAUAAUAAGUUAGCGAAUAGAUCAUACGCUCCUGGGUUAGAACAACAAGAUGGUUACCGUACAAUUGCAACAACAAAUUAUCAUCGUGAAAUGCAUACAUCUGGACCACAAUCACCAUAUCUUGGGACAAUCAGACAUAAUUCACAAUAUGAAGCAACACCAAUAGUGAAUCGAUCAGUAGUUCAACAAUCUGUUAUACCAUUUUCACCAAAUGGAAGUUUAUCUGGAACGAAUAUUGGUGUUGAUAUUGUCGAUGGUGAUACAGUAGGAAUGCGUCAAGUUCUUGAUACAUCUAAAUAUUGGUAUUUACCAGGAAUCUCACGUCCUGAUGUUAUUGCAUUAUUACGUGAUAAAGAACCUGGAACUUUUGUUAUACGUAAUAGUAAUACAUAUGCUGAUAGUUUUGGUUUAGCAUUGAAAAUUCCUCCAAAUUCACCUAGAGUUAUAUCUAAUAAAGAGGAUAUUCAAUCUGAAUGGGUACGUCAUUUUCUAAUUGGUACAGUUCCUAUGCAUGAUGGUCGUGGGAAUGGAGUACAUUUACGUGGUUUCUCUAGUGAUCCAACAUUUCCAAGUUUAGCAGCAUUUGUUCAUUAUCAUAUUCAUAAACAAGGUGCAUUACCAUGUACACUUCGUCUUCCAAUAUUUACUAAUCAAACAUUAUAUAAUCAACAAAGAUCUACUAUUAAUGAACAAACAAUUUAUGGAUUAGAACCUUCAUUACAGACAAUAUUACCAACUACUAAUACAAUGAGUACGGAUAUGCUUUAUCUUGGUUCUGUUGAAGUAGAUCGUCUUGAAAAUAUGAAUGCAGCAAUUCGUGGAAUUGGAAAAAUAAUAAGUUUAGCACAAUCAUAUACAGAUGGUUUACCAAAACGUUGUGAAGUUCAAAUUAAAGUUAUACCACAUGAAGGAAUUACGUUUACGGAAAAAUAUCGACGUGCGGUUUGGAGAAAAACUAUUAAACCUAAUAAUUUACUAUGGUGUGGUUUAGAUCCAGAAAAUCGAGAAUUUAAUGAUGCAGAAUUACGAUCCAAAGGAAUGUAUGGUUCAAAAAUAUUUGCAUUAGUUGCACGUAAACAACGUUUCUGGUUACAUGAUAAUGUAGUUUAUGUAUUUUGUGAAAUUGAUCAUAAUCAUUCAGCUAUUCAAUUAGUACGUUUUAUUCAUUCUAUAUUUCCUGGUUUAAGGGAUUAA